AUGGCGGCUCGCAGGUGCAAGGUAUGUCCCAAGUUCAGCUGUGGUGGCUGGGCUUCGGCCGAUCGAGGAGCCAGUCGUUGCAUCAAGUGCGGCACGAAGCUGGCGGACACCAUGAGCAAGGCCCCCGACCCUUCCGCAGCCGCAGUGAUCUUGCAGUCUCUUGAUGUGCUGAACCUAUGCAGGAGCAUGACGGACGUGGACGCGGGCGCUGGCGGCGCGCUGGUGACCCUACAGGCGGCGGCGAGAGCGAUCACCAACAGACAGACCAUGGAGGAGGCGUUCAGGCGUUCAAGGCACCUGCCCCAGGCCCUGCAGGAGCACCAACAGCUGGUCAUGUGGCGGCGGCGGCAGCGCAAGUACAACCAGAGCCUGCUGGCAGCACUGGAGGGCUCGUCGGCGCCGUGGGGGAGCAGGGUGGGCAACACCGUCAGCGUCCUCGCGAGCAACGGCAGCUGCAAGGGCGCCGUCAAGCAGAUGAUCGAGGCUGCGCUGGCCCCCGUCUUUGACUUCAACAACGGCCCCAUUCAUCUCAUGGAUUCCGAGUUUGCGCAGCCAGCCGGCAACGCCAGCCUCUGGAAGUCCCUGCAGCGGAGGCCGACGCUCGCGCCCAGCACCGGCGAGACCGACGUCGCGCAGAUCUGCAAGUACGCCCGGGACCUGGCCCUCCCGGUGGACAGCAUGCGGCUCGCCUUCCGCCUCUUCCGGGACCAGUACCGCAGGAUGGCACGCAUUUGA